AAACUUUUGAGUCACCCUUCCUUCGUGGGAGUGCAUCGUGCAUCACCCUUCUUCGUGGGAGUGCAUUGGCCUUCCUUCGUGGAAGUGCAUCACCCUUCUUCGUGGGAGUGUAUUGGCCUUCCUUCGUGGAAGUGCAUCACCCUUCUUCGUGGGAGUGCAUUGGCCUUCCUUCGUGGAAGUGCAUCACCCUUCUUCGUGGGAGUGCAUCACCCUUCUUCGUGGGAGUGCAUCACCCUUCUUCGUGGGAGUGCAUUACCCUUCUUCGUGGGAGUGCAUUGACCUUCCUUCGUGAAAGUGCAUCACCCUUCCUUCGUGAAAGUGCAUCACCCUUCUUCGUGGGAGUGCAUUGGCCUUCCUUCGUGGAAGUGCAUCACCCUUCCUUCGUGGAAGUGCAUUACCCUUCUUCGUGGGAGUGCAUUGGCCUUCCUUCGUGGAAGUGCAUCACCCUUCUUCGUGGGAGUGCAUUGACCUUCCUUCGUGGAAGUGCAUCACCCUUCCUUCGUGGGAGUGCAUCACCCUUCCUUCGUGGGAGUUCAUCGCCCUUCCUUCGUGGAAGUGCAUCACCCUUCCUUCGUGGGAAUGGUAAUAGGACGAACGAGAUUAAUAAUGGUAAUGAGAAGACUAACGAGAUCAGCAAUAGGAGUAAUGAGAAGACUAAUAAUAUCAAUGGAAGUAAUGAGAACGAGAUCAGUAAUGGGAGUAAUAAGAAGAUUAGCGAGAUCAAUAUAAACUCUAGAAAACGUAAAGUUAUCGAUAUCAGCGAUGACGAGAAUCCGAAAUCAGAAAAAUCCAAAUUCACUAAAUCUCCUAAUGUGUAUGGACUCUUUGAGGAUAAGUAUGUAUCCAUCUGA